UCUUCUCACAAGUCCAAUCGCCUUCGCAAAUGCUGGGGAAACGAGGGCUUCUCCCUUGCGCUCUUCGCCGCCUCCUCGCUUCCUCUCUCUUCUCCUCGCGCUCGCAUUCUUCUUGUGCCAGGCAACAUCCUUCUCUCCCUUCCGUAAAACCCCCGGUGGCCAAGAAGAUCCCCUUCACUUUCUCCGCCCAUGGCAAAACCUGGGAGGAUCCGUACCGUUGGAUGUCCGACACCAAUGACUCGGAUCUCGUGGAGUACCUCAGCAGGGAGAACGCAUACGCCGAGGCCUUCAUGGCCGAUGCCUCCAGACUCCACCAGAGAUUGGUCGGGGAGAUGAGGUCCAGGAUGCCGGCCAAGGUCUCGACCCCACCGGAAUGCUGGGGUCCCUGGUCUUACUAUCAAUAUAUUCCAGAAGGAAAGGAGUAUCCAGUGCUGUGCCGGAGGCUAAGGCAUCUUGACAGCUUUGCCAAAGCCAUUCUAAGUUAUAUGAGAUCUUACAGAGAGGAAAUAUUGCUUGAUUGGAAUGAAAUUGCGGAACAAUAUGGUUAUGUUCACAUAGGUGCUUGUCGCAUUUCUCCUGAUCACAAACUCCUUGCGUACACAUUGGAUAUUUCAGGCAAUGAAUCAUUUUCACUUCAAGUUAAGGAUCUUGAGUCUGGGCAUGUUAUCCCAAGUUCAAAAGUGGAGGGAGUUGUUAGCCUUGCAUGGGCUGGAGACAGUAGAUGUUUACUAUAUACUGUUUGUGAUGAAACUCAACGACCGUAUAGGGUGUUCUCCAUGCAGCUGGGCUCAGAUUUGGUAGACAAAGUGCUUUUUACAGAAAAUGAUAGGAGUUGCUGUGUAGACAUUACAAGCACCAAAGAUGGCAACUUUAUCACUAUAAAUUCUAAUUCAAGGACAUCAUCUGAGGUCUAUGUUAUCAACACCAAGCAAGUCAAUGAUGGGCUAUGGUUAGUAAGGAAACGUGUUAGUGGUGUUCAGUACUUUUUGGAACAUCAUUAUGGUUUCUUCUACAUUCUUACUAAUGCUCCUUUAGAAGGCAGUAAUUCAACUGGUGAUGGUUAUUAUUUAGCCAGAUGCAUAGCAGAAAAGUCAUCACUAGCAGAAUGGCAGGUUAUUGUUCUCCCUGGACAAGAUACCAUCUUUCAGGAUAUGGAUAUUUUCCAAGAGCAUCUGGUUCUCUCUAUCCAACAAAAGGGGCUUCCCUUAUCUUGCUCCCUAAAUAUUCCGAUCGAUUUGGAUCUUGAGCAACAUGUGGAACUCAAGGAUCUGAAUCCAUGGUUUUUCCCUGUGCCUUCAUGUCUUAGCAGCAUAUCACCAGGAUCCAACCAUGAUUUCUCAUCUUCCAUUUACCGUCUCGUGAUUUCCUCACUAGUGAUGCCAGAUGUUGUAGUUGACUAUGAUAUGGAGAAACAAGAUUUUACUGUUCUUCAUCAAGAAGAAGUAGUCGGUUUGAAUGGCCAGGUUAAAUCAAGUUCCUCUGACACGACUGUAUUUCCAAAUGUCGGUAUCACUGAAUUUCAGAAAGAUCAGUAUUCGGAUAAGAGAAAGUGGAAGAGGUGGACUGGUCUUUCUGAAGCAUUUUCAUGUGAAAGAAUAGAAGUUGUCUCGCAUGACGGUUUCAUGGUACCCCUGACUAUUUUAUGUGCACAGAAAACAAAACACAAUGGUGAAUCACCAUGUCUCCUGCAUGGGUAUGGAGCUUAUGGUGAGGUGUUGGAUAAAAGCUGGUGUUCCGACCAUAUUAGUCUGCUAUUGCGUGGCUGGAUUCUUGCAUAUGCAGAUGUGAGGGGUGGAGGCGAAGGUUCAUCUCAUCAAUCUGGAACUCGAGCAUUGAAGAUGAACUCAAUUUAUGAUUUUGUAGCAUGUGGAACAUACCUUGUGGAUAAGGGCUUUGUUCAUAAGAAUAGGCUUGCUGCUAUUGGCUGCAGUGCAGGCGGCCUACUAGUUGGUGCAGCUAUUAAUAUGCAUCAGAAUCUAUUUUCAGCUGCCAUUUUGAAGGUCCCUUUUCUUGAUAUUUGCAACACGUUGAUGAAUCCUAGUUUGCCUCUCACAAUAUUGGACUAUGAUGAGUUUGGCGAUCCUAGAAACCCGUCGGAGUUCCAGAUAAUCAGACAUUAUUCUCCAUAUGACAACAUUACACAGGGCUGUUAUCCUCCAGUUCUUGUCACAGCAUCCUUUCAUGACUCGAGGGUAGGAGUCUGGGAAGCUGCUAAAUGGGUGGCAAGAGUGAGGGAGAAGACAUGUCGAACCUGUUCGCGGUCAGUGAUUCUAAAAACAAACAUGAAUGGUGGACAUUUCGGUGAAGGCGGCCGAUACAUCCAUUGUGAUGAUACUUCUUUUGAAUAUGCAUUUCUGAUCAAAGCUUUCGGAAUGCUGGACGAUGACAAGUAGAUCCUAAACUUCAGUUUUUGAAUAUGUGAUCCAAAGGUGAUAUUCAAGAUAUGUGUUAGGAUUGAAGUCCAAUUCGAUGUGAUAAUUGAGGACCAAAGUUGGACUGUUACGUUGAUGCAUAAUUAUCGCAAAUGUUCAGUGUCUAGGAUCGCUCAGAAAAAUGACUUUGUAGAGUAGUUCUUUACAUGGCACAACAUGACCAAUAUUGGACUGAUGAGUUAUGUUAUGUUACUGAUAUCACCGAUUUAUGUUAUGUUACUGAUAUCAUAAUUAUGUAGGGAUGGUAAUUUCAUCCGAAUCCGAUGAAUAAUUUGACAUCCAACCCGAAUGGAGGAGGAUAUGGAGGGAAUUUUUAUAUCUGAUU